AUGUGGCUUGUAGUGUGGCUAUUACUAGCCAUACCGCAACCAACGUGGACAGCACUGGACACAGCCGCAGUGAUCGCCAUUCAGAAUGAGCUCAACAAGCAUGCCACUGAGUUGGAAAUGCUUCUGGAAGUCGCCGAGUUUUUGAGAAGCAAAAUCAAUAACUAUCUUAAGCAUGUGAAAAACCUGAACGCCCGUGUCAGUGAGCUCGGACGCCCUGGUCCGCCAGGAAUCAAUGGAUCGCCAGGAUUUCCAGGAGUGAAGGGCGAGAAAGGCGAAAGAGGCAUCGAUGGGAUUCCUGGCAAGGCUGGAAUGCAGGGUAUUCCUGGCAUGAAAGGUGAAGCCGGACCAAUGGGCCCAACCGGAAUGAAAGGCGACAAAGGCAGCACGGUUUUCUUAUGCAUUGGAUAUUUUUCUUCGAUCUCUUAUGUCAACAAGGCUACCCAGGACAGAAAGGGAGAGAUCGGUGCUGGUGGUAUACCAGGAAUGAAAGGUGACACUGGAAUUCCAGGAAAGGUGACCGUUUAG